GGGUCCAAGGAAACCCUUGGAUUCGUGGUGGUGUCUUCCCACCAAGGUCGAGCAUUCCUUUGUGGUCUUCCACCCUCCAACAAGAAGUGGAAAGACAAAUAUGUCUGCGUCAAAUUCCCCCCGGGUGCCUUUCCUUUUGCCCAAAACGUCUGGGGGAAAAGAAUGAAGCGCCAGGUCAAACCAGCGGAGGCCGAUGACUUGGUUGCUUGGGAAGCCACUCUCCGGGCCGGGGAUGCCUCCACCCGCGGUCUGUACCAUGUUGGGAAGUGGAGCGUCUACCCCGGCCGGGAGACCGACCCCGAACCGGAGAUUGUUCUGCCCGGGGUGAUCCCCGAAGCCAUCCCCAUCCGUCGGGCGAGGGGAUCCAAAGCCCCGGCCACUACCAAUGCCGGUCCUUCAUGCCCGGCGAAGAAAAAGAAGGAGGAAGUGGUGAAGUUUCAAUCCAAGUUCGCCGUCCCCCAAAUCGUGGUUGAGGAGCCCUCCUCCGCUCAGCCACUCACUCCUCCAUCCAGCCAACCACUCUUGAUGGAUGAUCUGCCGGCCCAGUCUCACCAAGGGACCAGCCAGCCGAUUCACUCGGGGGAGAUCUACUUCAACGUAGACACCUUCGAGUUCGACAAUCUGAUGGGUGAGACUGGUCAUACGUCCCAGGCGGGGGUGGGAGACCGGCCCAAUGAGGAAAGGGACGCCAAGGAGGAGACUUCUGGGGGGUCCCUUCAACGGAAGAAGCGGAAGACUGAGGAAGUCAACCAGCCUUCCCAUCAGGGGGCCCAGUCCUCUGACGCCGGCAAGGGGCCGAUAGUGCCUCGUUCUCUGGCUUUAAUGUCCAGGUCAAACGAGGAGCUCUUCCGAGCAUUCCGUGCUGAUCUGAAUGAGAUCGGCCGGAUCGGGGAGGAGUACUUCGCCCGGCUGGUGAAGUCGAUGGAUGAGGAGAAGGCCCGGAUGGAGGCCAUGAUGGUCGAAUGCCGGAAGCAAGCCCAGGCUGCCCGGGCCAAGGCAGGGAAGAUAGAGGCCAAAUGGACAGAGCACUGUGCGGUUUACCGCCAGCUCUAUGCCAAGCACGAUGGUCUCCUCAAGGCUGCGAAAGAGGCCGAUGAGCAGGCCCAGGCCAAGAUCAAUCAGCUGGAGGCCGAAAAUGCCCGGUCAGCCGAGGAAAUCGCUCGGCUGGAAGAUGAGCUGCAGAAAGAGCAAUCGGAGCGU